UGGAAAUAUCGCGAGAGGACGUGGAGGAAGCAGCGAACACAUGGGUUUGUGUAACAGCUUCAUACAGUGAAAUGCAAGGACAGACCUGUGUCCAUGGCGGGACAUCUGAAGAAGCAGUUAAAAGACGCAGUGAAGGUCAUCAGCUCAGGUAGCCUUCUAUUUGUCUCCUACCUCACCGCGGUUGGAGAUGAGCGUUUCUAUGCGAACCAGCUCAUGCCCCUGCUGCAAAGGAUUGUGGGAGCAGAGAUGGCGCAUGUGUUGGCAGUGAAGAUGAUAGGUCUGGGUGUGGUUCCUCUGAACCGCUACCAGGACCCUGCAUCAUUGGAAGUGAACGUCCUAGGAUUAAAGUUCAAAAACCCUAUUGGCAUUGCAGCGGGCUUCGACAAGCACGGGGAGGCUGUAGAUGGCUUGUACAAAUUGGGAUUUGGCUUUGUUGAAGUGGGGACAAUCACUCCCAAACCUCAGCCAGGGAACCCCAAACCACGUGUGUUUCGACUCCUUACAGAUCAAGCCAUUAUUAACAGAUAUGGAUUCAACAGCUGUGGUUUGGCAGAGGCACAGCAGAGGUUGAAGGCAAGGGAAGAAACACAGCAAGAGCAAAGUAAAGCUGGCCUUCCCCUGGGCAUCAACCUGGGGAAGAACAAGCUGUCCCAGGAUGCAGGGACAGAUUACUUGGAGGGGGUGAGAAUGCUGGGCCCGCUGGCUGACUACCUGGUGGUCAACGUCAGCAGUCCUAAUACACCGGGUCUCCGGGACCUGCAGGGGAAGGCUCAGCUCCACCAGCUCCUACAUACGGUGUUGAAGGAACGUGAUACCCUGCAGGGAGAACACAAACCUCCGGUGCUGGUGAAGAUUGCUCCUGACCUCACUGCACAGGACAAACAAGACAUUGCUGAUGUUGUCACUGAGCUGGGAGUGGAUGGGUUAAUGGUGUCUAACACCACCGUGUCCAGGCCAGAGACGCUUCAGGAUCCACACAAGUCUGAGGUUGGUGGGCUGAGUGGCCUGCCUCUCAAAGACCUCUCUACUAGCACUGUUAGAGAGAUGUACAACCUCACCAAAGGUGAAGUACCAAUCGUGGGAAUUGGCGGUGUGGCCAGUGGCCAGGAUGCUAUGGAUAAGAUCCGUGCCGGUGCUUCAUUGGUUCAACUCUACACUGCUCUGACCUAUCAGGGUCCACCUGUAGUGACAAAGAUAAAGCGAGAAUUGGAACAACUUCUAAAAGAUCAAGGUUUCAGCAGCGUCUCUGAGGCAGUUGGAGCAGAUCACAGAGGAGCAGAUUGGUCGACUCGUAAGAAGAUCAAGCUGAAAGAGAUGGUAAAUGUUAACACAGACACUCAGGGCUUAGCAGCACCUGUAGCUGCUGUCUUCUCCAACUAGACAACAUGAUGGUCAAGUUUUCCUGAAAAGAGAUGAAUGCUGAGUAUUUGUGAUAGUCCAUCUGUGCAUUCAGUCCGCUCUGACCUGGUUGUCUUUAAAACCAUAUUUUCAGUAAUGGUGGUGAGGAGUGCGGAGAGAGUAAAAUGCACCAAAUCUCAGCUACACCUUUACUUAUUAAGUGAAUAAUGGUAAAUCUCCGAUGGCGCGUUUGUAGUACUGAGGCGCUGAGGUCGAUUUGUAACUUUAUUUCAGACGUUCGUCCUUUUGUUACAGUGUUACAGCAGUUAGUUUUUCUCAAGUGCAUACUUAAACCAAAGUGCUUGAAUUUUUCACACACUUGCUCCCUAAACUAAUUUUUACAAAUGGAUACAAGCAGUUUUUCUUGUGUGUAAAGAAAAUAAUCUGAAAACUUGUUUGUUGCCCUCCAUUUCAGUAAUUAUAUAGAAGUUGAAACAAUACAUUCAAAUGUUGACAUUGUAUUAUUCAUUGCCAAUCUAAAUAUAGAUGUUAUUAUUCGUAAAUGAAUGGAAGAGUGCAAACAUGUACGGGUUUGGGAUCGAAUUAUUUAUUUUAUGACCGAGGGCUUGUGGCAGGGUUGUUCAUGGCGAAUAUUUGAGAGCUCUCUGUUUCAAUCUGUUGUACAUCAGACUUGGUAAAAGCUCCAACCGGUUACAUAGAGGACAACUGGUACACAAAGUUCAAACUCUUAUGAUUGUAUGUGCCAUUUGCGGACGACACAUUACAAAAUUUCUAUUUUGACAUUUUUGAUGUUUUCAGUUUUACCGACAUCUGAAGCUGACAUUGUAUAAACCUACACAUUUAAGGCAAUGACUCGGUAUACUGUGUAUGAAAGAUAUUUAUUCCAGUGUGGGAGGUUCCUUUCACUACAUGUUCAUCAUCCUAGCAUUAUGCCGUGUAGAUGAUCUGGUGAGGUCAUGCAAUCAGAUUUUUAUAUGAUGUGUCCAUGUGUCCAUCGAAAAGAAGACAAAUGCAUCACUAGAUUUUACAUUUUCCUGCACUGAAAGACCUUGAAACAAUGAUGACAGAAACAUGGAACCAGAGAGAUUACAUUCAUGUUAUGCUGUCAUAAAAACUCAUCAGCUUAGGAAUGCAAUAUGUUCUGUGAGAGGAGGAGUUGAAAACAUGCACUUGGUUUGAAUUUGAAUGUAUACCAUCUCCAGUUUUGUUUUUGCGUGUAUGAGGAGGCACAUGAUAAGGAGAAUCAGCAAACACUGGAGCUCUGUUGAUUUAUGAAAGGCUUGAAGAUGAGUGUGCAAUGUUCCCGGCAGCAAUAGAGAAAGCCCUUCAACUCCUCUUCCCAUUAGAUGAAGUCCCACUCCCCCUUAUUAGCUGUGGGCACUGUGGCAUCAUGAGCCAUUGGUGCAGGCUUUUAUUGUUAUUCUUGGGUUUUUCCCUCACUCAUUGACACAUUGCGAUGCCUUCCUAUAGCCUAUCACAACACCGCCCGCUAAUCCUAGAAUAGACAGCAGUCAUUAGACAUGGCCAGGGACGGCAGCAGUACUGUGAGGAUCAGCUGUGAGCUGCCAAGCACUUCCUUCCCCCUCUCCUGAGGCCAAGUCCAAACUAGCUUGUAUCCCAUAUGUGGUGUCACAAGGGGGAGGAGAGGGGAGGCCUGGCUUCCAGUUUAGCAAAACUUUAAAACUGAAGGCCACUUAGAUGUACGUUUUCCUCAUUUAACUUUGAUCAUAGCUAGGAGGCAGCACUUAAUCUGUCCCUGAGAUGCUGUUUGUGCCGUGCUUUGAUACAGUCUGAAGGCUAAUAGGAAGAGAAGGGUCAGUGCUGGUCUUAAUAUAUCACCUUGAAUGAGCGUUAGGCUAAUAUUCAUUAUGGUAUCUAGCACUAUGCAUGUAUUCACGAGAUCAGUAAUGAUAGCUUUACAGUUCAAGCAUAGUUUUUGUGUCAUAGUAGCCACGUUAAUAAACUGUUAACUAUGGAGAGCAGAUGUCUUGGUAAUACAUAGGCAACCAGUGAAGAGGAGGGAAUUUGUUCUUACUUGGCUGCACAGUGAGAAAAACAAAGAAAAAAACCAGCAGUGAAUAAACAGAAAAACAUUGCUUAUGUAGAAAAACAGACGAGGAUGAAAUAUGUGCUGUUCAGUGAGAUGUAUUAGUAAUUAUUGGCUGGACUGACAAAGAAAUUCAUGUUUCCCUUGUGAUAAAUUGUUGCAAAUA